CGGUUCAAACCCACUCUUUAAAAUGGCGUCUCUCAAUCCCUCCAUCUCCGCCAUUAUCACCGCCACUCCCAUUUCCAGUUCUUCCUUUCCUCUCUCUCUUCUCUAAAAUCCCUUUUAUUUAACUUUCCCCAUUUCUUCCCUUCUUUCUCCAUUUCCAUCAACCAUGACUGACCAAGAAGUCGUUAUCACCCAUGUUCCCCUCCCCGAUAAGCCUACUAACCACCUUCCUCCCCUCCCCGAACCCCCCGUCAAGGACUCUUUCAACCCCGUAGGUCCGGUUGCUGAUGCCGCUGAGUCUGAAGUUUUGAAACCCGCUGGCGAUGACAUUCUAUCGGCGGAUGUUGAUUCCUUCAAGGAGGAGAGCACUAAAGUCGCCGAUCUUUCCGAUUCCGAGAAGAAAGCUUUGGAGGAGUUUAAGCAACUUAUUCAGGAAGCCCUCAACAAACACGAAUUCACUUCUCCUCCUCCCCCUCCCUCCACAUUGCCGGCUAAAGUUGAAGAGGCUCCAGUUCAGUCUGAGGUUGUUGUGGAUAAGACAGAUGAACUGAUCGAUGAUGCGACCAAGCGCUCCGAUGAAAAAGAAGAGCCACCGAAAUCCGAAGAUAAAACCGCCGAAACGAAUGAAGAAGAAGGAGAGAAGGUAAAAAAAUCAAACGAAACGACGGUUCCUGCGGAGGAGAAGGAGGUGGUUGCAGUGAAAACUGAAUCUGCUGUGGACGAUGACGGAGCAAAAACAGUCGAAGCAAUUGAAGAGACUAUCGUCGCUGUUGUUGUCUCUGCUGCAACACCAACAGAGGAGGCUGUAAACGAAGCGGCCAACCCUACGCCGGCUGCGGUGGAGCCGGAGGAGGUUUCAAUUUGGGGAAUACCGUUACUAGCGGACGAGAGAACAGACGUGAUUCUGCUGAAAUUCCUCCGAGCAAGGGAUUUCAAAGUGAAAGAAUCAUUGACGAUGCUGAAGAACACGAUCCAAUGGAGAAAGGAUUUCAAAAUCGAAGAACUGUUAGAGGAAGAUUUAGGGAGCGAUUUGGAGAAAGUAGCGUUUAUGCACGGAUCAGACAAAGAAGGGCAUCCAGUUUGUUACAAUGUCUACGGAGAAUUUCAGAGCAGAGAGCUUUACCAGAAAACAUUUUCCGAUGAGGAGAAACGGGAGAAAUUUCUCCGGUGGAGGAUUCAGUUUCUGGAGAAAAGCAUUAGGAAAUUGGACUUCAAUCCUGGAGGAAUCUGCACCAUUGUUCAAGUGAACGAUCUCAAGAACUCUCCAGGGCUGGGAAAAUGGGAACUCAGACAAACAACCAAACAUGCUCUUCAGAUCUUCCAAGACAAUUAUCCUGAAUUUGUUGCAAAACAGGUGUUUAUCAAUGUUCCAUGGUGGUAUUUGGCUGUGAAUAGAAUGAUUAGUCCAUUUUUAACUCAUAGAACCAAGAGCAAGUUUGUGUUUGCCGGACCUUCUAAAUCUGCAGAUACCCUUUUGAGGUACAUAACAGCGGAAGAGCUGCCAGUGAAGUAUGGAGGAAUGAGCAAAGAUGGAGAAUUCGAGGCAUGCGAUAGCGUCACCGAAAUUACAGUUAAACCCUCAGCCAAACACACUGUCGAAUACCCUGUCACUCAGGGGUGUGCUGUUACAUGGGAGGUUCGAGUGGUGGGAUGGGAUGUGAACUACGGGGCGGAGUUCGUGCCAAGUGGAGAAGGAAGCUACACGGUCAUAAUAGACAAGGCUAGAAGAGUGGGUUCAUCCUCUCAAGAUCAACAGCCUGUUAUAUCUAACACCUUCAAGAUCUCUGAGCCUGGCAAGGUGGUGCUGUCCGUAGACAAUCCCACCUCUAAGAAGAAGAAACUCCUCUAUCGCUUCAAGACCAAAUCUCUAUGAACAAACCAAUCUCAAAUUUCUUCUCCAUCUCAUCAACCUUUUGUUAUAUAUUUCUUCCCCCCCCCCCCCCCCCAUAAAAAAACACAUUAUAAUUUUGAACUUCUUUACUUUUCCUUCUUUAUUCCUUAUUGUGAGAUGUUUUUCUCUCUCUCUCUCCAUUUUUCUACCUCAUGGGUGUAAUGUAAUCUAAUCAUGCAUUGUGUUUUUCUUUUUGUUGUUUUUAUUUAUUUAAUUUAAUUUAUUUUUCUUUGACCUUC